UGCUCACCCCCCUCCCCAGACCCCGGCACCGGCGACCUCUACACCAUGGACGACUCGCAGCUGGUGAGCGACAAGUCGUCCCUGGAGGAGCCCCCCGACCUGGCUGCCAGCCCCCCCCUCCACGCCAGCCCCUUCGGCCUGCUGCCCGCCAGCCCCCCGCCCGCCCCGCUGCUCCAGGGCCCCGGCUCGCCCGCCCUGCACGACGAGAGCAGCAGCGUCGACCUGAACGGGAGCAACCACGCGGGACUGGGCGAGUCAGGGUCCCUGGAGCUCGACCCCCCACUGGAACCAGAGUCCCCGGCCCCGUCUGCAGAGGAGGAGGAGGAGGAGGAGGAGGAAGAGCAGGAGGAGGAGGAAGAGGCCGCCGACAGCUGCCCGGAGACCUCGGCCGCACCAGAAGGGGAGAGCGAGGAGGCGGCUCCGCUGGGCGCCUCGGGGGCAGGGGAUGUCCCUCGCCGGCGCAUCGCCACGCAGGAGGAGGUUCGGUUCCCGCUGCAGCACGGGUGGAGGCGGGAGGUUCGGAUCAAGAAGGGGAACCACCGCUGGCAGGGGGAGACCUGGUACUACGGGCCCUGCGGGAAGAGGAUGAAGCAGUUCCCGGAGGUGAUCAAGUACCUGAGCAGGAACAUGGUGCAGGACGUGCGGCGCGAGCACUUCAGCUUCAGCCCCCGGAUGCCGGUGGGAGACUUCUACGAGGAGCGGGACACGCCAGAGGGUGUGCAGUGGGUGAGGCUGAGCCCCGAGGAGAUCCCCGGGCGCAUCCAGGCCAUCACGGGCAAGCGCGGGCGGCCCCGCAACGCCGAGAAGGCCAAGCCCAAGGAGCCCCCGGCGGCCAAGCGGGGCCGGGGCCGCCCGCCCAAGGUCAGGAUGGUGGAUUUGCUGAGCAAGACGGACGCGCGGCUGCUCAAGAGGCUGGAGGCACAAGAGGUGCUCAGCGAUGAGGACAAGCUGAAAAUGAGUAAAAUCAAGAAGAAGAUGAGACGGAAGGCCAAGAACAAGCAGAAGCAGGAGGCCAAAGCCCCCAGGGCCAAGGAGACCAAGAAGAAGCCUAAGGCCAAGGAGAAGAAGGGGAAGCCGGAGAAGGGCAAGGACAAGGCUCGGCCCAAGGAGAAGAAGGGCAAGGGGGCUCGGAAGGCGGACAAGGGGCUGGUGGCCCAGCGGCGCCUGGAGGAGCGGCAGCGGCAGCAGCUCAUCCUGGAGGAGAUGAAGAAGCCCACGGAGGACAUGUGCCUGGGGGACCACCAGCCCCUUCCAGCCUUCUCCCGCAUCCCGGGGCUCGUCCUGCCCAGCCGCGCCUUCUCCGACUGCCUGACGGUCGUGGAGUUCCUGCAGAGCUACGGCAAAGUGCUGGGCCUGGACCCCGCGCGGGACGUGCCCACGCUGGGCGCGCUGCAGGAGGGGCUGCUGGGGGUGGGCGCCGGGGCCGGGCAGCUGCAGGACCUGCUGGUGCGGCUGCUGCAGGCAGCCAUCUACGACCCCGGGCUGCCGCCCUACUGCCAGUCCCUGAAGAUCCUGGGGGAGAAGGUGUCUGAGAUCAGCCUGAACCGCGACACGGUGUCCGAGAUCCUGCGCUGCUUCCUGACGGCGCGCGGGGCGGGCGUGGAGCUGUGCGAGGGGCUGCGCACCAAACCCUUCCAGGCGCUGCCCCCCGAGUGGAAAGCUGCCAUCCUGGUCUUCCUGGUGAACGAGCUCAACAGCAGCGCCCUCAUCAUCAGUGAGAUCGACAAGACCCUGGAGAACAUGUCCAACUACAGGAAGAACAAGUGGAUCAUCGAGGGCCGCCUGCGCAGGCUGAAGGUCGCCCUGGCCAAGAAGACGGGCCGGCCCGAGUCGGAGAUCACAGGCCUGGAGGACGGACGGCGCCGGCGCAGCUCCCGCCUGACCGAGGACACAGGGCUGGAGAUGGAGGAGGAGGAGGAGAGCCGGGGACGGAGAUCCCGCCGGGAGGAGGAGGCCGACACGUCGGCGUCCAGCGUCCCGGAGCUGGAGCGGCAGAUCGAGAAGUUGGCCAAGAGGCAGAUGUUCUUCCGCAAGAAGCUGCUCCACUCCUCCCAGACCCUGCGAGCGGCUUCCCUGGGCCAGGACCGGUUCCGGCGCCGCUACUGGGUCCUGCCCCACCUGGGCGGCAUCUUCGUGGAGGGCGCGGAGGCGGCCGAGCCGGCGCCCCCGGAGCCCCCCGAGGAGAAGGUGCCCCCCCACGUGUCCCCGGUGAAGGAGGAGCCGGCGGAUGUUCCCGUUCCCAGCCGGACGAGCUGCCCGACCUCCCACGCCCGGGGCCGGCCCAGGAAGAGCAAAGAGGAGCUGGCCCAGCACUGCGGACCCCGAGCCGCCCCCGUCAACGGGGUCCUGGAGGAGCCGGAGCCCCUGGGGCAGAGCCAGCACGACCUCAGCCAGUCCGCCUUCCUCUCCUGGCUGAGCCAGACCCAGUCGUCCCUGCUCAAGGACUCCGUCCUCACCCCGGCCAGCAGCCCCGGCAAGGGGGACGGGGGGCUCCUGCCACUCGAGGCCCCCUCGGAUCCUACGGAGGAGGAGUUGGAGGAGGAAGAGGAGGAGAGUGCCCCGGAGGCUGCGGAGAAGCGAGGGCCCUGGUUCAACCUGCUGCCCCGGACGCCCUGCAACGACCGAGCCCCCCUGGCUGCCUCCUCGGCCGAGGGCUCACCCCAGCAGCUGAACGGCCUCCCCACGGACGACCCCGCGGCCCCCCUGCUCGCCUCCACGCCGGUGCCCGCCGGGCCCAGGGCCCUCGGCGCCUGCCCCCGCGGCCGGGGCCACCCCGACAAGCUCCAGGACGUGCCGGGACAGCCCAAGCGCCGAGGGAGACCCCCCACCAAAUUCUUCAAGCAGAUGGAACAGAAAUACUUGACGCAGCUGACGGAGCAGCCCGUGCCCCCCGAGAUGCAGAGCGGCUGGUGGUGGCUGCGGGACCCCGAGGAGCUGGAGGCCGUGGCCCGGGCGCUGCACCCGCGCGGCAUCCGGGAGAAGGCCCUGCACAAGCACCUCACCAAGCACAAGGAGUUCCUGCGGGAGGUUUGCCUCCGGGCCACCACCGACCCCAUCUUCCACCCGCGCCCCGAGGCGGCCGGUGCCGCCGUGUCUCAGGAAGCCCUGGCCCGGUGGUCGGUGAUGGACAGAGCCUACGAGACCGACCUCGGCGUCCUGCAGUGGGUGGAGGAGCUGGAGCAGCGCGUGCUGAUGGCCGACCUGCAGAUCCGGGGCUGGACGUGCCCCAGCCCCGACUCCACGCGGGACGACCUCCGGUACUGCGAGCACAAGGUGGAGCCCCUGGAGGACAUCACGAUCCGUUCCCGGCGGGACGGGCUCCCGCUGCGCCGGGAACACACCAACCCUCUGGAUCUGGCCGUGCUCCGUCUCCUGGCGCUGGAGCAGAACCUGGAGCGCCGGUACCUGAAGGAGCCGCUGUGGCCGCUGCACGAGGUGGUGGUGGAGAAGGCGGUGCUGAGCGGCCCCGAGGAGCUGAGCCUGGGCCCCACUGAGAUAGCCUACGAGAUCACGCCGCGGGUGCGGACGUGGCGGCAGACGCUGGAGCGGUGCCGGAGCGCGGCCCAGGUGUCCCUGUGCAUCUUCCAGCUGGAGAAAUCCAUCGCCUGGGAGAAGUCUGUGAACAGAGUGACGUGCCUGGUGUGCCGGCGCGGGGACGACGACGAGCACCUGCUGCUGUGCGACGGCUGCGACCGCGGCUGCCACCUCUACUGCCACCGGCCCAGGAUGACCGAGGUGCCCGAGGGCGACUGGUUCUGCUCCGUCUGCGUGUCCCGGGCAGGGCAGUACCGGGACCCCGUCUCGCCCCGGCGGGGCAAGAAGCGGAAACGGGGGCGUCUCGGGGGGACCCCGGAGGAGGAGGAGGAGGAGAACCCGCGGCGCCGCCCGGCCCUGCGCCGCCGAGAGGGGCUGCCCGUGCCCCGGUACCCGGGAGAGGGGCUGACCCCCACCAAACGGAGGGGAGUGACCCUGCGGGGGCAGCCCAGCGACCUCACCUUCUGCGAGAUCAUCCUGAUGGAGAUGGAGUCGCACGAGGACGCGUGGCCCUUCCUGGAGCCCGUGAACCCGCGGCUGGUGCCCGGCUACCGCAAGAUCAUCAAGAACCCCAUGGACUUCGGCACCAUGCGCACGCGGCUGCUGCGGGGCGGGUGA